GCAGUAUUUGAGCUCUUUAGACUAGUAAGAAAAGCCAGACAUUAGCUAUAGACGUACAAGACGCCUUCACCCUCAGACACACACACACACACUCACACACACCCAUACACAAUCACACACUGCCACUCCCACUCCAAGCAACAGCCCACUGUGGACCAGGACAUGAGCUGAAAUUCCACACACACACACAAACUCACACACACACACACACACACAUACAUACACACACAGACAUCUUUAGGUUUGUCGUACAGGUUCCUACCAGUUCACACCACAGCUCCCAUCGCUAUACGCACCAGGCUGAGACGGAGACCACUACCACGGAGGAGACGAUGUCAUCUUAGCGGACGCACGGUUCUGGGGGAUUCCAUUCCAGGUUUUUUGGGAGUUCAGUGAUCCUCAUUCUGUACUUGUGAACAGAAGCUCCGACCAGAGUUGAAUGCACCUUGACCAGCAACCAAUCAUUUGGAAUCAUUCGGACUGGGCCCUUCCUCCCUCUGCGGACCACUGUAAGACGUCUUCCACCAUGCUGACUGAGCCGUGCGGGGCCAUGGGGGCUAUGGGGGCCGACGUCAGGGACUUGGCCCUCUUGCCCCAGGGCCCUCCUCCACCCAUGCAGCCCAUACCGGGUGCCGGCGGAGGCUGCGGGGUGUCUGUCGGGGGCGGCCAGUGGACGCAGCUUCUGGACCUCCAUCCUGGGUCUCCGUACGGCUCCCUGCCCCCCCACCACUCCCUCAUUAAGCAGGAGCCGGGCUGGGGCAGUCCGGACCCCCUGGAGGACCCCCACUGUGGCCUGGGGGCCUUCACGGUGCACUUCUCCGGACAGUUCACCGGAGCGGGCCCCUGUCGGGUGGGGCCGUUUGGGGAGCCAGCCACGGGCCAAGCCAGGGUGUUUCCUAACGGAGCCUACCUGCCAAACUGUCUGGACAACCCUCCAGCUCCCAGGAACCAGGGCUAUGGAGGAGUGGGGCUGGACGGACCCCCUAGUUACGGACACACUGCGUCCCAUCACAGUCCCCAGUUCUCCGGCCUCUCCUUCAAACAUGAGGACCCGUUCCCCCCCCAGAGCAACAUGGAUCAGCAGUACCCGGCGCCCCCUCCCAUGUUUGGCUGUCACAACCCGGCCGAGAGCUGUCCCAACAACCCGCUGCUACUGAGGAACUACAACAGUGACAACCUGUACCAAAUGGCGUGGAACCCAAUGAACACUCUGGCAUCUACCAUGAAAAGCCACGCCCCCAGCUACGAGAACGACCCCCCCGCACCCACCCCGCCCGUGGUCCUGAGCUGCAGCGCCCAGUACCACAUACACACACACGGGGUCUUCCGGGGCCUGCAGGACGUCCGAAGGGUGCCUGGCAUCGCGGCCCCGGUGGCCCGCUCGGUGGACGCCACCAAACGCCCGUUUGUGUGUCCCUACCCCGGCUGCACCAAGCGCUACUUCAAGCUGUCCCACCUGCAGAUGCACGGCCGCAAACACACAGGGGAGAAGCCGUACCAGUGUGACUUCACAGACUGCGGACGAAGAUUCUCUCGCUCAGACCAGUUGAAGAGACACCAGCGCCGACACACAGGAGUGAAGCCUUUUCAGUGUGCGACGUGUGAGAGAAAGUUUUCACGGUCAGACCACCUUAAGACGCACACUCGGACUCAUACAGGUAAAACAAGUGAGAAGCCUUUCCUCUGCUGCUGGAUCAACUGUCAGAAGAAAUUUGCCCGAUCUGACGAGCUGGUGAGGCACCAGCGGUUACACGAGAAGGGUCUGAGCAAGCUUCACUCGUCUGCCAUCUAAACACAGAGAGAGAGAGGGAGAGAGAGAGAGAGAGGGAGAGAGAGAGAGAGAGAGAGAGAGAGAGAGAGGGAGAGAGAGAGAGAGGGGGAGGGAGAGAGAGAGAGAGAGAGAGAGAGAGAGAGGGGGAGAGAGAGAUAGAGAGAGUGAGAGAGAGAGAGAGAGAGAGAGAGAGAGAGAGGGAGAGAGAGAGAGAGAGAGAGAGAGAGAGAGAGAGAGAGAGAGAGAGAGAGAGAGGGAAGGAGAGAGGGAGGGAGAGAUAGAGAGAAAGAAAAUAGAUGCGCACGUCCAGUUGUUUGCUCAGUCACUCUCCAGCAGCAUAACUGGCAAAAGCCGCAUGCCUUUAUUGACAUAGCUUACCAGGACUUUUUCUGGUAUUUAUAAAGAACAGUGCUGUGCUGUAUCUUGCGUUAAUCUACAGCACCACUUUGGUCAAAGAUCAAAUACAUGACUCCAAUACCACGUUGUUUUAUUUACUAGCUUUAGUUUUGAAUGUUUAUUCUAAUUUGACUUGCACUGGGUUGUUUUCGAGUUGUAAAUCCUCUCUAAGAUGUGCGUGAACGUGAGAACUGGAUAUUGGACGUAGACGUGUACAUGAUUGCUUAUUCAGUCAUAAGUGGAAACACAGGGAAUUAAUGUUGGAGGGGGUGUGACCUCCCGAUACAUAAACAAUAAGAUAUACGAUCGCACCCUCGCUCUGUAUAUAUACGUGAUGUUUCUGCUUGCCCUUUUUGAACAUUCCUUUCGUAUUUUAUAUGUUUUUGUAAGUGUAAUAAAUGUUGAUCCACA